CGCCUCCUUGUGUCACUUCCGUAAACAAGGGGCGCUGCGCUGCCGCGGGUCUGGAGAUGUGACCUGGGAUCUAGCUGCAGCUGCGGCAGUGGCGUCCGAGGUUCCCGGAUCUUUGCGGGUUGAGGAAAGGGACCCGGACCCUCUACUUCCUCGGGUCUUAAGAAGCUGGCCUUGGUGUAACAAGGAACUUAAAACAAUGGAAGAUCGGAAAGUGAAGAGGAGGAGUCCAAAAUCUUUUAGUGCCCAUUCUACUCAGGUUGUUAAUGCCAAAAAAAAUGCCAUUCCAGUUAGUAAGAGCACAGGGUUUUCAAAUCCAGCAUCACAGUCAACUUCACAGCGACCAAAGUUAAAAAGAGUGAUGAAAGAAAAGACCAAACCUCAGAGUGGAGAAGGAAAAGGUGCUCAGCCAACUCCCAUUCAGCACUCUUUCCUCACUGAUGUCUCCGACGUUCAGGAAAUGGAGCGAGGGCUCCUGAGUCUUCUGAAUGAUUUCCACUCUGGAAAACUUCAAGCAUUUGGAAAUGAAUGUUCCAUAGAACAGAUGGAACAUGUUCGGGGAAUGCAAGAGAAAUUAGCUCGCUUGAAUUUGGAGCUCUAUGGGGAGUUAGAGGAACUUCCUGAGGAUAAGAGAAAAACAGCCAGUGAUUCCAAUCUGGACAGGCUUCUGUCUGAUUUGGAAGAAUUGAAUUCUUCUAUACAAAAACUCCAUUUGGCGGAUGCACAAGAUGUUCCAAAUACUUCUACCAGCUAAACUGAAAUGCACUUUGCCUUCUUGGGAUUUGCAGAGAAGCGGCAUUCUUUAAUUUUACAGCUGAAUCCAGUAGCGGCAUUCUUUAAUUUUACAGCUGAAUCCAGAAUCAUCUUCCACAAUAGGAAUUCAAGUAAUUAAAGUGCAAGUGCAAUGAUUGUAUCCACAUACUGCUUUUAGUAAAUGUGCUCACUGUAAUUCACUGUAACUGGAGAUCUAGGCCUUGAUGAAGGCUUAAUCAGAAAAUGCAAUGCAAAGGUUGUACUCCUGUGCUUGAUACUGUUGCCUUAUGGGGUUAUACUUGAAAUGCAUUUGUGCUAAAUGUUCUUGAUAGGGCUAAGGGAUUUAUCCUUCCUGAGCUCAUCAAACUUAUUCCAGUAUUGAUCGUAAGUUGAUGGUGCACAGGCCUCUUGUGGCAGCCCAGCUUCGUUUACACUAGACAAUCAGUACACACGCAGGUGUGUUUUUCAAUGGCCAGUGACAAAAAUGUUAAAUAAGUAUUUGUGAGAUUUGCUAUUUUUAAUAAAAUGAUUCUUUUAAAAAUGA